GUAACUUCCGUGUACCCCUUGCAACAUUUGCCGUUCCUUCGUGUCGCCUUCCCUUGACCAAACGAGCUCCUUCUAAACAUUUUCAUCGGUGUCCUGCAGACGUCACUGAAGAACAUAUUCACCCUGAGAAACACGAUCCCCCACACUUUAAACAGGAGUUGGAGUCGGAGAUGUUCUACAUCAAACAGGAAAUGGAGCCAGACACCCCCUACAUUAAAGAAGAAGAACAGGAACAUGAAAUCAUUGCAGUGACUGUUGGUGUGAAGAGUGAAGAAGAUGAAGUUCUAAGCGAAGAGAGUGAAGCAGUGAAAUCUUCGAGCAACAGCUCAUUUCAGGUCCUGACAACAAAAGGAGAAGGACCAUCGCAACCGGACGGGCUCCUAGCUCCGCUUUCUGACAGUGAUGACAUCACGUCACACUCUUCUGACACUAAUGAGGAGGAAGAUGACUUUGAGCAAAAUGCUUUAAAAUCCUUAAACAGGUCAUCAUUGAAAAGAGCAAAAGAAUGUGCGGGUGGGAAACAGUUUGCCUGCACAUUUUGCGACAAAGGAUUUUCUCGGAAGGGUCUGCUAGAAAGACACACGCGUACACACACUGGAGUAAAGCCUGUUAUCUGCACACUUUGCAACAAAGGAUUUUCUGGGAAGGCUAUGUUAGAAAGACACAUGCGUACACACACUGGAGAGAAACCUUUUGUCUGCACACUUUGCAACAGAAGAUUUUCUCAGAAGUCUCAUUUAAGAAUACAUACACGUACACACACGGGAGAAAAGCCUUUUGUCUGCACAUGUGGUAAAAGAUUCGCCGAAAAGGGAUAUUUAAACCAACACGCAAUCACACACACUGGAGAAAAGCCUUUUGUCUGCGCAUUUUGCAACAAAAGAUUUUCUCUGAAGACUAAUAAAGAAAAGCAUAUGCGUACACACACUGGAGAAAAGCCUUUUGCCUGCACAAUUUGUGAUAAAAGAUUCACCAAGAAGGGAAAUUUAAACCAACACACAAUCACACACAGUGGAGAGAAGACUUUUGCCUGCUCCUUAUGUGACAAAAGAUUUUACUGUCAGACUCAGUUUACCAGACACAUGCAUACACACACUGGAGAAAGACCCUUUGUUUGCACACUAUGUGGCAAAAGAUUCACCGAGAAGCGAUAUUUAAACAGACACGCAGGAACACACACCGGAAGGAAACAUUUUGGCUGCUUACUUUGUGAUAAAAGAUUCGAUCUUAAGAGAGAUUUAGUGUGGCACACAAGAAGCCACACUGAGGAAAAACCUUUGAAUUGCAGUGUGUAACAAAAUUAUUCAAAUUCUUGCCACACAUUUAGAGUGGAAAAAGCUUUUCGAUUUUCUCAUUCACUUUCCCCUUGAGCCUCUUUUGACAGAGUUGUUGAAAUGAUUUUUCAGGUCCUGGUCUUUUUCACAACUAUCCAAUAUUCUUGAUUUUAUUUCUUAAUUGAAUCAAUUUGGUUUAGGUUAGGUUACUUCAUAUCAAGCUUGUUCCCAACAGCUUGAGCUGUUGUGUUUUAAAUUAAGACUUUUCUGCUCCUUUGAUUAACACAGAUUUAGCUUGUUACUCCUCUAUUUGUUGCUUUUGUAAACCCUGUUGUAAAGUGACCAUGAGUGUCUUUCAAAGAGCCAUAUUCCUGAUUUGUCUUAUCAUUUGUAACUUUACUCCUUGUCACUAGGGGCUGUCAAUCGUGUCUUUCCACUGACCUUGAGUCAGCCCCGGGAGGCUUAAAAUGACAGCUAAUCAUGACACAGGUGUUGGGCAAAACAGUUUUUGACUGUGACUUGGUGCAUUGUGCUAGAAUGGAAUGUACUCAUUUUGUUUGUUCCGUUUUGAAUACGUUUUUGAGAUUUUGAUUUGUUACUUUUAUUUGGAUAAAGAGCAUUUGAGUUAAGUUACAAGACGCCUCCAAAAUAAACUAUUGGAACUGAGAAAUGGACUCGCUGUGUAUGCGUCGCUUCUUCAACUGCACUGGGCACUAAACUAUCAUCCAGGACUUGACUGUGUACAGGGAUUAGUAUACAGCAGCGGUCUCAAACCGACUCCACAAAGGGCCG